AUGCUAAUAAAUUUUUUUAUUGAAUUUUAUACCCCAAUGUCUACAAACAAAAAUCAAUCUAUAGAGGAUAUUUUAGAUCUAAAAGAAAAUAGAAUGUGGUUCGAUAUCUGUAAAUCAAUUCCUUUGAUUAUAAAUAAUCAGAAUGCUGAUGAAAUAUGGAAUAUUUUUUUUGAAAAUAUUUUACAAUAUCAUCCAUCUUCUUUGACAGAAGCCGCUUUACACAUGUCAGAAUUUUAUUCUACUGAAAAGUCUAUAGAACUUAUUUCUAAAUCUCUAGUUGCUAUAAAUGAUUCACAAAUGUAUACAGGUAAUUUUAAAAUGGAAAUUAUGCACCUUGAAAUAAAAAAAUGCAUUUUAUUGAUUGAAGCUGGAAAGUUUGAUGACGUAGAAAGCAAAAUAUUUGAAUUUAAAAGGAUUGAAAUGGAUAUAGAAGUUUACAAGCUUUAUAAUUUUUUAGCUUUUAAAUAUUACGAAAUAACAAAUAAUUAUGAAUAUUGUGUUAGAUAUAUUUACGAAUACUUAAAGAUUAGUAGUAAUUUGUGUUCAAGUGAUAUGUCUUUGCUUGAAUUAUUUGCUAAGUAUUCUUUGGUUUCUAAAAACUUUUUUAAUUUUGUAGAAGGAUCUUCCUUAAGAGGGUUUAAUAAAAUUAAUGAAGACCUUUAUAGAGCAUAUAUUGCUGUACAAGAAGGAAAUAUCGAACUUAUUAAUAAACAUAAAGAUAUGCUUGAUGUUAUCUUUGGAAAAAAGUGUUACAUUGUUAGAGAGAAGGCUUAUUUUAUAGCUCUUAUUAAUUUAUGCUUUAAACAAGAAGACAGAUUUCUUAGCUUUGCGAUAAUUCAAGAUGAACUUGGUAUAUCAGAAGAUGAGAUUUAUGGAUUUCUUUUGAAAGCAUUUGGUCUUGGACUCGUUAAAGGAUGGAUUGACGGAUACAAUAAAAUAUUACAUUUUAAUACAAUUAUCCCUCGAUGCUUGCCAAAGGAUGAACUAAUUAAAAUGAAGAAUAAGGUUAUGGAAUGGAAAAAUAAAGUAAGACAGGCAAUUUCUAUGAUUGAAUAA